AUGCGUCGCGCCCUUGGUGCUAAGAUGAAAUUUGAGUUUUUCGAUGGUUCCAUUCCCAUGGCGACCGAUCCUUUUGAUCCGCUGUAUCGUCCUUGGAACCGAUGCAAUAUGCUUAUUCAUUCCUGGAUAAUAAAUUUCGUCGAUCCUUCCAUCAGGCAGUCAAUUGUUUUCAUGGAAAACGCUGCUAAUGACUCUCGAACGGUAACUGAAUUCUUAUCUGAACUUAAAAUUCUUUGGGAAGAACUUGAGAUCAACAUGCCUGUUCCUACUUGUACAUGUCGUGUCAAAUGUGGGUGUGAGGCUAUGCGCACAGCUCGCAGGAACCAUCAACUUCUCCAUUCGAUGCGUUUUAUUACUGGUCUCAAUGACUAUUUUGGAGUCGUGAAAUCUCAGAUUCUUCUACUUGACCCCUUGCCACCCAUCAACAAAAUCUUCUCCAUGAUACUUCAACAUGAGCGACAGAUUCCCACUGUUUCUGAUGACUCUAAGGCCAUCAUCAACAUCUCUGAGAUAAAGAAAUCCAAUCAGAGAACUGGAAGAUUCCCCACCAAGCCCAAACCUCGUAUCUGCACCCAUUGCAAUAGGACUGGCCACACCAUUGACACUUGUUACAAGAAGCAUGGCUUACCUCCCCAUUUGCAGCGGUCUACCUCUUCUAGUUCCCAUGGUAAUCCAAGUGAAGGCAGCACAUUUGUUGUUUCUGAUGCCAGGCAUGACAGCAACAGUAAUACCCCUUCUUUGUCCCAUGAGCAGUAUGAGAAUAUUAUCAAUCUACUUCAAAGUUCUGGUCUCAAUCAACAACUUGGAAAUGUUGCCUCUAAUCAGGUCACAACACAAAUCUUGGCUCUUGGAUCAUAG